GUGAGAUAACCCGGGGGGAUUCCAAGCGCGUCAAAACAGAACCGGCGAGUACCAAAAGAGAGGAUGCUGCCACCACUGACGGAAAGCACGAAGAGCAGCCGGUACUGCAAAGAACGCCGCCGCCUUACAGCCCCAGCCCCGCGACACCUGCGGGCAGCCGCCGGCUCCGGGGUCGCCUCACGAAAUGGCGGCCGAGCCGCCGCCUGAGGGCCGUUGGCGGCGGUUGCGGCCGUUGUGGAGGCGCGCGGCGGCCGCGCGGCCAUGGCGGGGCGGCGGCAGGAGGCGGGCGCGGCGCUGAGGCGGCGGCAGGAGCGGGCGCUGCGCGGCACCAUGCGCGUCGUCAGGGAGCUGGGGCCCGCCGCCUUCCUGCUGCAGGAGGACGGCCGCCGCGGGCCGCCGCUCAGGGUGCUGCUCGGAGCGCCGCACUCGUGCAGCUGCGGCACCGCCCGGGCGGGAGCGAGGCUCUGCGAGCACCUCUGCUGGAUUCUUCUGAAAAAGUACCGAUUACCAAGAGAUCAUGAAUAUGCUUGUAAGUCGGGUCUUCUCGAAAGAGAAAUUGAGGAGAUACUUGAGCGAUUGCAUCAGAAACCAACACAAAAUGCAAAACAAACUCUCCUCUCACAAACACCACAUGAAGAGCAUGACAGAUGCAUUCAUCAGAAAGAAAUUGACAAAGAGGAUGUUUGUCCCAUUUGUCAGGAGGAGUUACUAAAGAAAAUGCUUCCCAUCACUUACUGCAGAUACAGCUGUGGUAACAACGUACACAUAAAAUGCAUGAAAAUUUGGGCUGACCACCAAGAUGAAACUGAGAAAGAUUCUGUAGUGAAAUGCCCACUCUGCAGGGAAAAAUUUGCACCUCUUAAGCUCAUUCUAGAAGAAUUUAGAAACUCUAAUCAACUUGUGACUGCAACAGAGAAAGCAAGACUGGAUACGCACCUCGGAAUCCCUUGCAAUAACUGCAGAGUAUUUCCAAUUGUGGGAAAGUGCUACAAGUGCACGGAGUGUGCUGACUAUCACCUAUGCCAUGAAUGUUUCAUUGGUUUCUGCCAUUCUCCACAUGUUUUUCUUUUUAGACAGAAGAGAAAUAAGAAAUGGAGAGCUCUUGAACAGCUUUCAGAAUUAUCAGCCCGAGGAGGAACAUAUAAAAGCUUUAACCCAGCAAAUAAUUCUGAAGAAAAGCUAUUAUAUCUUCAGAAGACUACUUGUACCCCAAAGAACAUUGUGAAGUCUUUACCUGUUAUUUUAGUUAGCAAACACAGUAAUUUACUUGCCCCAGGUAUUCAAUGUAGACUCUGUUUGAAGAGCUUUCAUCUUGGUCAGUAUGUAAGACUCCUGCCAUGUAAUCACAAGUUUCAUAGGGAAUGUAUUGACUGUUGGCUACUACAACGAAAAAACACAUGUCCGAUUGAUGAAUACGUUAUAUACAAUCCCCUGACUUGGAAGGAUACACCAGCCAAACAGGAGAACUUCCCAGCAGGUUCUCAUACAAGUGUUAAAAAACUUGUAAAACAAGGGAAACCGGAAAUCUGUGUCUCUGGAAGUCAAAUUUAUCUCAAGCAAGGAUCAUCUGCAUAUACAUCAGGAAGAUCUGAAAGUAGCUUCAAAAAGCUUUCUAAUAACAGUGUGCCUGAAACUCAAAAGGAUUUAAGAAAUUUUAGCGACCUCCAUCUAGGUAAUUCUGAUCCUAACAGCAGCAGAACUCUAUGCAAUUUUCCUAGGCAUGGUAAGGAUAUUUCUCUAAGCUCUUGUGAAGCAGCAUUUUCUGUGAAGUCCAGCACUAUUAGGAAGGCUGACAUUCAUAAUGCUUUCAGAAGCCCACACUGGAUUGACUGCAGCAAAACAAGGAAAGUAUUUCCUAUUAGAAAAGAUGACUGUGAUAAUUCCACAAAUGAAAGAUACCCCAGGGAGCUGAAUUUGAAAAUCAAUUUGUGUGCAACAAGCCAUUCUUCAAAAAAAGGUAGUAAAGAUAUGGGAAACACCAGCCACCAACAAAGGCUCCUAACAAAGCGACUGCCUAAGGAUAACCAUCUUAACUUUAAACAAACAAAAACAGAUUUAUUAUUGGAAGGAAUUCCACUGCAUGCCAGCUCACGAUUUCCUUAUUUUAAAUAACACAGCUGUAUUUUUAUUUCUAUAAUCCAUACACAGGAUUUCUUAGAGACCAAGACACAAGUUAAUAAGUGAAUAAUCCCAUGGCAUGAACUGCAGAUACUACAAAAACUAACCCACUGCUGUUGAGUGCUGCAAGAAAUGUUUGCAUUAGAUCAUCUCAAACACAGGAACUCAUCUGGCUGGUGUAGACAUGUUUCAGAAAAUAGCUACAUAGUUGUAAAAUUGUCACCUUUUCUUAUUUGCAAGUUUUUAACCUUCAGUCAAGUAAAUGACUCAAAAGAAAUGUAAAAUGUAGAGAGCUUUUAUAUUCUUAAAGACCAAUUAGAUCAAAGUUCCUAUUUAGAGGUGUAAUGAAGCCAGACUGAUUUUAACAUUAUUUCUGAGUCAUAUCAAAUCUGCUGUUUUCAGUGUGCAAUAAUAAAAGCAAGAUAAGCAAGAAACUCUAUAUGUGUCAGGUACAUGCUGUAUGAUCUGCUGUCACUUACUAAUAAUUAAUUCCUCAAAAGAGGAGCUAAGCCUUGAAUUAGCAUACAGGAACCACAGCUAUUUUCAACUGUGUAUAGAUGGCCAAGCCAAAGAACUACCAGGUGUAACAAUUAUUUCCCAAAUGGCAAUAUAAUAAAUUUUAAUUAAUGUGGCAGGAGAACCUUUGCAAAGUGCUUGCCUGUAGUCUUGUAGUGUUUCUGAACAAUGAUGAAAUUCAUGAAAUAUGGCUUUUGUGAAGUUUAGAAAAGAGUAAAGCUUGAGAAAUACUAUCAUCAGAUUAAAUUAAAAACAGGACAUUAUACCCUGGAGUUCCACUUAAGCUCUUCUAUAUCACAGAAUCGUCCUGUUCUUCUACCUGGAUUCUACUCAGAUAAUCUACUUUGAGAUUUGUAGUUGGAAUUGACAUCUGUCUUCUGCAUCGUGCAGACAUGCAGAAAUCUUUUAUUUUUUCCUCAGAGCCACAGAAAAUGUCUAAAUGGAAGAGUGGAGAAGAAAGAUUAUGAGCAAGAGCAAAACAUGAAAUAAUAUUCUUGUUCUUUAAGUACCCCUUUCCAAUUAAGCAAAAUCAAUUUACACUGUAAUCUUAAUUGCACUAUCCAAGGAACAGUAAUCAGAUUUAACAUGGAUAUAGAAGCCUUUCUUAACUAGAAAUGGGACAGAGAAUAUGACCGAACUAGAAUUGGUAAACUUCUAAGGACAAUAACAGUCUUUUAUCAUUGGAAUUAUGGCGAUGCGAAAUACAGUCUUUUAGUAUUACUUAGAAGUGUUAACACGAGACAAAUACAUUCCUACACAAUGUAUUAUUUCAAAGACAUUCAAAUCAGUGGUUUGCAGGGACAGGACAAGGAGUAAUGGUCACAAGAUAGAGCACAGGAAGUUCCGCACCAACACGCGAAAGAACUUCUUCAUGGUGAGGGUGAUGGAGCACUGGGACAGGCUGCCCAGGGAGGCUGUGGAGUCUCCUUCUCUGGAGAUAUUCAAGGCCCAUCUGGUCGCCUAAGCCUGCUUUUUUUGCCUAAAGCCUUAGAGCAGCCUGCUCUAAGGAACCUGCUUUGGCAGGAGGGUCGGGCCCUAUGAUCUUUUGAGGUCCCUUCCAACCCCUUCAAUUCUGUGAUUCUGUGAAAUAAAAGUUAAGGGACUGAUGACUUUUUAAAACUAUUUUAUUAUAUUGCAUAAACUAUGACAUUUUACAAAUCUUAGUUACAUUUUUAGCAACAGACACACUGAUACCGGAACAGAGAUGAAAAUACACCUCUGACAAAAUAUAAAAAGGUAGAAAUACUUAAAACCUGGAUGCUGAAUAUCAAGAGUGUUUUAAAUGAACUAUACCUGCUCUUGAGCGUUUCUGAAAAAGACUGCCACAGUAAUGAAGUUUCUGUUGAUUGUAAGGCUCCAACAUGCAAGGUGGUGACCACAGCCGGUGUCAUCAGCUCACCUACGUUUCAGCACCUCAGUAAUGGUUUAUGAUCUCCAUGCUCUAGUGUGCACGAAAAAGUUUUUACACAGUAGCAAGAUGAUGUAAAAACAGUAUUGGACUGAAGUGCAACAAGUGCCUCAAAGGAACUGAAUCAGUUAAAUGGAAGAAAAAAGUACCACUGCACUUCUGGGGAGGCGCGAAUAUAGAAAUGUAGAUCAAAGAAACUGUAAAUUGUAGAUUGAAGAAAUUGUAAAAGGUAGAUUGUAGAAAUUAUAGAAAUAAACUGGCCAAAAAAAAGUUACAUUUGGUAAAAUCACUUUUAAGCUGAGUGCUAAUGCUAGAAAUUAUAAAUACAGCUUUCACCCACCAGUCUUAAAAUAAUGUGAAGUCAUUUUUUUUCUUUUAAAUAAACAUAACACAAAAAGACUGCUUUUAAAUGAAAACAAAGCUCAAAUUAAAAAUCUCUUAAUCAACCUUUCAUAUGAAUUCUUUAUCAGAAAUGUACCGGCUCACAAUUAGAAGUGUGGCACAAUUUAGUGAGAAUUCUAUAAAAGAAGGCUCAUUUUUAACUCUGUAGGCCUACCAUAGUGUUUUGCAUAUGUAUAAUUCCACCAAAUCUUAAACAAAGAGAAGCUUGGGUUAUGUACACAAUACAAGUUACGCCCCAAAAUGAGAUACAAAUUAGUUCUAGAAAACAAAAAUUAAAUACAUAAGUCCGUAUAGUUUCUGCUUCUACUGGCAACAAUGGUUAGCAGCUAAAAAAGGAUUUUUAUUAUAAUAAUAAUUUGUACAUAUAAACAUAUAUUAAUUUCAUUUCUGGAGUUAAAAUUCCAGUCUCAUACCUGUAAAUCCAGUAACUUCAAGAUGCUUACUCUUGACUUAUGAAGUUGAAUCAGAUCCCAUAUGUGGAUUUUUAAAAGAUACUACUAAUCAGAUUGCUAAAGAUAUACUUCUUUAAUUUCUUUUCAAACAUAAAAUACAAAAGAGACAGGGUGUACAAUCAUCAUCAUGCAGGAGUCAGUAUUCCAACAUAAAAACACUAUAUCUGCCUUUGAAAAUACUAUAAAAGCUACAGAAUUGCAAGUAUGAAUUAGUUGGUUUUCAUGGUUGUUUUUUUUUUUUUUUGGCUAACAGAAAAAAAAUUACCUGUGCUUUUCCAAUAGUCAGGUGUUCCACUGAUAAAAUAAGUCUGAUGAAAGACAAAGGCACUUCAGCAGCCUAAAUUACCUUCAGAUUUUCCUAAUAUGCAAUGUUUCAUAUGCAGUAAUAGGCAACGGAUGUAGUUCACUGCGUUUUAAUUCGUACACUGUUACGAGUAAUGUUGUUAAUCUGUUUUGCAUUUUAACUAAUAUCAAGAGUUUCAAAUGCUGUCCAAUCAUUUCAUCCUCUUUGGUACAAACUACUGCUCAAAAACAAAGCAUACCACUAAACAUUUUCAUUCCUGCAUACUGGAUUAUUUUUGUGCAUCACCUCUAACUCUGCAUUGGUAAAUAAUGUUUCUAAUCAUCAUAAGUUGUGCUUUCAGGUUUUUAAGAUAUCAGACUUAUAAAACUGCCAUUUUCUGGCAGUAGUAUGAAGAUUUUUCCUGUUAAACUAACAGAAUUUUUAAGCAUUCCCCCCCAAACUUUUUUUUUUUUU